AUGGCACAAUACAAUAAAUACACCAGUGAUUUCAAACACAACGUUUUGCAGAAAUAUCGUCAUGGAAUUUACGGUUGUGGGUUCAGAUCAUUAGCAAAACGUUUUAAAAUCAAAGGUGGUGAUAAAUUAAUAAUGAGCUGGUAUGCCCAAUGGAACGGUACAGUUGAAUCCUUGGAACCAAAAUCGGCAGGUGGUCGGUUGCGUGCCAUGACAAAGGACCAAGUAACACAUUACAUUUUAAAUUUUGUCGAUGAGAUGAACAUGCAAUAUAAACCGGUGAGUUACAAAAUGGUAUACAGUAGACAAGAAUGUGGUAUCGAAAGUAAAACAGCUAAGGAGUUAACCAUACGUGAUACUGGUGAUAGGUAUUGGCAUGAUAUUGCGAAAUUUCGAAGACGUUUACAAAGAUUGGCAAAUGAUAGGUUAAUAUUUAUCGAUGAAACAGCCGUUUAUUGCAACAUGUAUCCUCGUCGAACUCUUGUGGUAUCUGGCAAUCAGCAUCUAAUUCUUGUUGAGAAACCAUCUGCUUAUUCUCAACGUUAUGACUUCAUUGGUGCCAUCAAUGGUUCCCAAUCAAUUGCUUAUAUAGUUUUAACACCCGAUGACCGAAAAGCAAAAGGUAUUGAAGGUAUCCGAAAACAUGUGGUGAAUGAUUGGAUUACCAAUACAUUAGGUCCAGCAAUUAAUGCAUUAAAUAUCGACAAUAUGUAUUUAAUCUGCGACAGAAGUCGAGCCCAUCACAAAGAGAAUAUGAUGAAUGCAUUGAAAAAAGUGAAAUGUAAAUCUGUAUUGGAUAUUUAUUUCAUGCCAACAGCUUCUGCCAAAUACGUAUCACCAUUAGAUAAUCCUCUUUGGCAUUCCAUCAAGGAAGUUAUUCGAAGCCAUCAUCCAAUUACAACAAAUAAUCUUCCAACGCUACUUUCGGAAACUUUUCUUUCACUAUCGAAAAAUGAAAUUGCAAACGCGUUUCGAAAAUGUGCUAUUACAUAUGGAGUUGAUGUUGUUCAUGAUAAACCAUGUUGA